UGUUUUUAAUUAGUCUAGCAGAGAUAAAAAUAGAGGAUGGAAUAAUAUAGAAAAAAAUGAUGACAUCAAUAACGAUCACAACGGCAACAAUCAAAAUAGCGGUGGCAAGGAAAUUAGUGAUUUUUGGUCAGACAGAGAAGCUAAAAAUAGCAUACUGAAUAUGGAAGAAAAGAAUUACGAAAACGUCAAACGCGACUACAACGACGACGACGACGGCGACGACGACGACGACGGUGACGAUAACGAUGACGUCGAUGACGACGAUGACGACGACGACAAUAAUGACGAUGAUGAUGACGAUGACGACGAUGACGACGAUAAUGGCGGCAAUGGCAACAGUCAAAACAGCAACAGCAUUAACGGAGUUCGUGACUGGUCCGGCAGACAUCCUAAAAAUAGCUUACGGAAUAACAUAGAAGAAAACAAUUACAACAUCAAACAUAACUACAAUGUCGACGAUGACGACGAGAAUGACGACGACAACGACGGCGACGACGAUGACGAUGACGACAACGACGACGACAACGAUAACGGUGACGACGAUAACGACAUUAAUGACAAUGACGACGAUGAUGACGACGACGGCGACGACGCCGGAGGCGACGGCAACAACCAGAACAAUAAUGAUAAUAACGGAAUUCGUGAUUUUUGGUUUGGCAGAAAUCCUAAAAAUAGCUUACGGAAUAAUAUAAAAGAAAACGAUUACAACAUCAAACAUGACUACAAUGACGACGAUGACAACGAAGACGGCGACGACAACGAAGACGACGACGACGGCGACGAC